AUGUCUCUGAGAACGAGCCAGUCCUCAGUUGCAAUUCUAAACCACAAAAACGUUACUCUGGUUAAUUUUUGUAAAAGGCAGUCUUCUAAAAACAUGUGUAUGUUGCAAGAUAAUGAAUGUUGCAGGCAAGGAGCUCUUGUGAAAACUAAUGAUGCGUUUCCAAAAGAGAAAGACAUUUUCUCCAGGGACUUGCCAGGAACACUGGACAGCAGUGACAGACAGGCUGUGCCUCAGCACUUUUCCCCUAGGCCUAGCCACUUAUCAGCCUUGGCAAUGAAGCAGAAGCUGGCUUUUACCAACCUUAGCUUUGAGGACGAUUCGGAUCAUUCACCUUCUCUUCCUUCUCAAAUAAACACAACUACCAUUGAUCUUUCGGGUAUCACUUGCCAAGAAUGCAUCCAAUCCAUAGAGGACAAAAUUUCCAAGCUAUCAGGAAUUGUGACUGUCAAAGGAUGUUUUGAGCAAAGCCAAGUAACAGUAAAAUAUUUGGAACUGGAAAUAGGCUAUCAGCAAAUCUGCCAGGAAAUUAAAAAACUGGGAUUUGAUGCCAAUGUUGCAGAGGCAGCCCAAUCUUCAGGCCAAUGGUCCAGUGAAGCUGUUAUUAAGGUGAAAAUAGAAGGCAUGACCUGUCAGUCUUGUGUCCAUGCUAUUGAAGAAAAUAUUGGGAAAUUACAUGGGGUGAAGAAAAUCAAAGUGACCCUCAACAACCAAGAAGCUAUCAUUGUUUACCAUCCCCUUAUUAUUAAACCUGAAGAACUAAAGAAUAGCAUAGACAGCCUGGGGUAUGAAUCCACCAUAAAGCAUAAGCAAGCCCCUUUGGAACUAGGUUUCAUUAAUGUUGAACGCUUACAGCAGAUAAAUGUAAAAAUGUCCAGUGAACAUAAUGGUGACAGAAAUACUGGGGACAACAUGGGAUCCAGUACAUGUGUUGCAGUAGUAGAAAUCCUUUGUCAUGAAGGGAUGCAUGACAAAUCUUGUGUAAACGAUAUGGAAGGUUUGAUUUCAGAGAUGAUUGGAGUACAGGGUACCAGGAUAUCUCCGGAAGAAAAAAAGAUUACUGUGUGGUUCGACCAAAAACUCAUCACUCCAUCUUCAUUGCAGCAAUCCAUCCAAGCCAUUACCCCUGGUAACUUUAACCUAGUUUUUUCUUGUGAAAUGGAAGGCCAAAAUGGAUUAAUUAUCUCAAAUGCUGCCUCUUCUAUACCUUCUUUCAGUCACCUUUCCCAAGAACAGGAGGCAAAUGGAUGUAGUACAGCUCUCCUUAGAAUUGAUGGAAUGACCUGCAAUUCUUGUGUAAACUCUAUUAAAGGCUCCAUAUCCCAAAAGAAAGGGGUGACGGACAUCUCUGUAUCUUUAAUUGAAGGUACUGCAGUUGUAUCUUACAAUUCCCUUAUGACUAACUCUGAAGAGAUACGAGCUGCUGUAGAAGACAUGGGAUUUGAUGCUUUUGUUCUAACAGAUGCAGUAAUUGGAAAACCUACUGAUGGAGGUAUAGAGCUGAGUGAGAUAACCUCUGUUUCCUUGAAAAACAAAGUCCCAGAACUGUCAUCUGAAGAUGUAUUUUUGCCAAAAAAGAAGUUGUGCACUAACUUUCCAGAAUUCUCCAGUAAAAGAGACACUGAAAAAUGUUUCCUGCUUGUAACAGGCAUGACUUGUACAUCAUGUGUUUCAAGCAUUGAGAAGAAUUUACAAAAAGAAGAUGGAAUAGUCUCUGUGCUUGUUGCCUUGAUGGCAGGGAAAGUGGAGGUAAUAUAUAAGCCAGAUAAAAUUCAGCCUCUUGAAAUAAUCCAGUUGAUUGAGAAAUUGGGUUUUAAAGCUUCAGUCUUACAAGAUUAUGCUGGGACAGACGGCAGCAUAGAUCUUAAGAUUCUAGGGAUGACUUGUAGUUCAUGUGUUCAUAGCAUUGAAUCCAAGCUCACUGAAACACCUGGCAUUCUCUAUGCAUCCGUAGUCCUAGCCACUUCAAAAGCCCGUGUUCGUUAUGAUCCUGAAGUGAUUGGUCCUCGAGACAUUAUAAAAAUUGUUCAGGGAAUUGGUUUUCAAGCAUCUUUGGCUAAAAGAGAUCCAAAAGAUCAUAACUUGGAUCACAAACAGGAGAUCCAACAAUGGAAGAAAUCAUUUUUAUGCAGCCUGGUGUUUGGUAUUCCAGUUUUGGUCUUAAUGGUUUAUAUGUUAUUGCCCAUGGAUGACCAUCAUGAAUCAAUGGUGUUGGAGCAAAACUUGAUUCCUGGGCUGUCUGUUCUUAACCUUCUUUUCUUUGUACUUUGCACUUUGGUUCAGUUCCUGGGUGGAUGGUACUUCUAUGUCCAAGCCUACAAGUCAUUAAAGCAUAAAAUGGCCAAUAUGGAUGUCCUGAUAGUAAUGGCUACAUCAACUGCUUACGUCUAUUCAUGUACCAUUUUGAUAGUUGCAGUUGUUGAAAAGGCUGAACAGAGCCCCGUCACAUUUUUUGACACCCCACCAAUGCUGUUUGUAUUCAUAGCUCUUGGGAGAUGGCUAGAACACAUAGCAAAGAGUAAAACAUCAGAAGCGCUUGCUAAAUUAAUUUCUCUUCAAGCUACAGAAGCUGUUAUAGUGACACUUGGACCUGACAAUUGCAUAAUCAGAGAAGAGCAAAUUCCUGUAGAACUAGUUCAGCGAGGAGAUAUUGUAAAGGUGGUCCCUGGUGGGAAAUUUCCAGUUGAUGGAAAAGUGAUUGAAGGCAAUUCUAUGGCCGAUGAAUCUCUUAUAACAGGAGAAGCCAUGCCAGUUACUAAAAAACCUGGCAGCACGGUUAUUGCGGGUUCUCUCAAUGCACACGGCUCUGUGCUUGUAAAUGCAACUCAUGUUGGCUCCGAUACCACCCUGGCACAAAUUGUGAAACUAGUUGAGGAAGCUCAGAUGUCAAAGGCACCCAUCCAGCAGCUAGCUGACAGAUUUAGUGGUUAUUUUGUUCCAUUUAUCAUAAUAAUUUCAACAGCAACCCUGAUAACAUGGAUUGUAAUUGGAUUUAUACAGUUUGAUGUUGUACUAAAAUAUUUUUCUAAUCACAGCAAACACAACUCAAAAGCCGAAAUUAUCAUACGGUUUGCUUUCCAGACCUCCAUCACAGUGCUGUGCAUUGCAUGUCCUUGUUCUUUGGGCCUGGCUACUCCAACUGCUGUGAUGGUGGGCACUGGAGUUGCUGCUCAGAAUGGUAUUCUAAUCAAAGGUGGGAAACCCCUGGAAAUGGCACACAAGGUGAAGACAGUGAUGUUUGAUAAAACCGGGACUCUGACUUACGGUGUUCCCAGAGUCGUGCGCGUUCUCUUGCUGGGAGACACAGAAGCCACCCUGUCUCUGAAGAAAUUCCUUGCUCUCGUUGGUACUGCUGAAGCGAGCAGCGAGCAUCCUUUAGGAAUGGCUGUUACUCGGUAUUGCAAAGAGGAACUUGGCACAGAGAUCCUUGGAUGCUGUAAAAACUUUCAGACAGUUCCUGGAUGCGGAAUAAGCUGUAAUGUUAGUAGCACUGAAACCAUAUUGGGUGAUGAGCAGGAUGUGAUCAGUCUCAGCCCUCAUAUUUAUGGCUCUGAUAAAGGUGUUAAAGAUCAGACUCCACUCCCCAAAGUAAGGGGUAAGCAAGAUACUGCAGCCUCUCAAACUUACUCCGUGUUGAUUGGGAAUCGGGAGUGGAUGAGACGGAAUGGCCUGCAUAUCUCCAGUGAUGUUCAUGAGGCCAUGAGAGAUCAUGAAAUGAAAGGACAGACAGCAAUUCUGAUGGCUAUAAACGGUAGGCUAACUGAUCAGGGUUAAAGGAACAUAUGUGAGAGGGACCUCGGAGUCCUACUGGACAAUCACCUAAAUAUGAGCCAGCAAUUCUCUUUUUUAUUCAUGGAUUCAAACAAGAGGGUGUUUUUCUGUAUCUAGGUUGGGAUCAGAAAAGUAUUUGCUGAGGUUCUCCCAUCUCACAAAGUAGCCAAGGUUCAGGAGCUCCAAACCUCUGGAAGAAAAGUUGCCAUGGUUGGAGAUGGGGUCAAUGACUCACCAGCGCUGGCCCAGGCUGACGUUGGCAUUGCUAUCGGAACAGGCACAGAUGUCGCCAUUGAAGCAGCAGAUGUUGUGCUGAUUCAUAAUAAUUUGCUUGAUGUGGUUGCAAGUAUCCAUCUAUCCAGAAAGACAAUGAAGAGAAUCCGAAUAAACCUAAUCCUGGCCUUAAUAUACAACCUCAUUGGCAUACCCAUAGCAGCAGGAGUAUUUAUGCCUUUAGGACUUGUGCUACAGCCAUGGAUGGGGUCAGCUGCAAUGGCUGCAUCUUCAGUAUCCGUAUUACUCUCUUCCCUGCAGCUAAAAUGUUACAAGAAAACUGUCCUGGAAAAAUAUGAAGCUGAGGCUCAAGGCUGCAUGAAGCCACUGACUCCUUCCCAAAUUAGUGUCCAUAUUGGGAUGGAUGACCGGAGACAAAAACCUCCCAAAUUAGCCACCUGGGACAAUAUCAGUCAAGUGUCUCUCUGUUCCCUGACUUCAGACAUGGCAUCAGUUGACUUGGAGGCUGAAGCAGACAAAUGGUCAUUACUCACCAACAAUCAGGAUGAAGACCAAUAUAUUUAA